AUGAAGUCAGAGGAGGAGGCGCUGAAGGCAGAGGACGAGGAGUUGAAGGCAGAGGACGAGGCGCUGAAGGCAGAGGACGAGGAGCUGAAGGCAGAGGAGGAGGAGAUGAAGGCAGAGGACGAGGAGCUGGAGGCAGAGGAUGAGGCGCUGAAGGCAGAGGAGGAGGCGCUGAAGGCAGAGGACGAGGAGUUGAAGGCAGAGGAGGAGGGGCUGAAGGCAGAGGACGAGGAGCUGAAGGCAGAGGAGGAGGAGCUGAAGGCAGAGGACGAGGAGAUGAAGGCAGAGGACGAGGAGCUGGAGGCAGAGGAGGAGGAGAUGAAGGCAGAGGACGAGGAGCUGAAGGCAGAGGACGAGGAGCUGGAGGCAGAGGAGAAGAUGAAGGCAGAGGAGGAGGAGCUGAAGGCAGAGGACGAGGAGGAGUUGAAGGCAGAGGAGGAGGAGGAGUUGAAGGCAGAGGAGGAGGAGUUGAAGGCAGAGGACGAGGAGCUGGAGGGAGAGGAAGUGGAGAUAACGGCAUAG